AUAAACAGACCUUUUUGGCAGUGCAUGAGGCGACUAAAGAACUUCCGCUUCAAGUGAGGAAAACAAGAGUUUUAUUCCGGUUUUUUCGUUGUAAACAGAACAAAGGCGAAACCUUUAUAUCCGCACCAGGGAUGUAUUUSGUUUUACUCUCUACCUUGCUUAUCCURGGAACAAUACCUAUUAAAGGGUGCAUUACCAAUCUCAAUGGAGAUAGUGGGGAGCUCUCGAUCAAUGAAACCUACUUGAGUAGACCGUUAAACUGUUCGUGGACAAUUGGCAAAGGCACAAGUGAUAUCGACUUCAUAGUCAUCAAAUUCGAACCCUUUGAUCUGGGAAAUCAUUGCUUUGCUGCUCAACGUAAAUACGUCGAAGUCUCUGAUGCGAAUCACCAGUUUAAAGUCAAAGAAUGUGGUGGUGGGCGUUCAUUUGAAGUUUUGAUUAAAAGGCGAUCGGCAGUUGUCAGAUUUUACUCGGAGAUUGCCUGUCGCUGGGGACCGUAUUCGUCUUGCAGCCACGAUAGUCAAAAUAUACGCCUGUCUUUCUAUGUUAUUUCAAAGAAACUUGAAGGUUUGAGUUCAAAGAGCUGGAAACCUACUAUAAAACAAUCGAAACCUGGUGAAGUUACCAUUGAUUGGGAUCAUUCCAAGCUGCCAUCAAAGAACUAUAUUGUUGUGCCGUUGUAUAACUCUACUGCGAAACAGGAACCAUUCCUGUACAUCAUUGAACUCAGAGAUGACACAUCCAUAGCAGUGGAAUACCUUAAACCUGCUACUUCGUACUCGUUCAAAGUCAUUGCUUUCGAUACGACGGGGUCCUUUAUCGAAAGCACUACAUCGUCUAUUAUAAUGAAUAAUGGCUCGGUAAGACUUAUGGGUGGRACGCUAUCCAACGAGGGAAGAGCUGAAGUAUUCAAAGACGGUUUAUGGAAUAAGAUAUGCUUUAAUGAUGAUCGGUGGAAUCCAAUUAGUGGCAAUACUUUKUGUCGAUCCUUGGGUCUGCCCGAUCUAUUURAAUUUGUGUAUGAUAGAGAAUUUAUUGGGACGUCAUUACCAAUGCAUUUGCUAGAGUAUAGUUGUAAUGGAACUGAGRCAAGUAUCGAAGAAUGCAAAGAURCACRAUCCGCYUGUAAAGAUUACCGCCGGAGAAGAUUAUCUGGAGUAAUAUGUGGAAAGCAACCUGCUGGUAAUCAUAGUGUUUCAAUACUAACAUUUAACCCCUUUCCUACGGCCAUCGGUACCACAAGAGUGAUGACUCCAAAAAUUAUAAUUUCCCAAAAUGGCUAGAUGCCUCUGAAAAACUUGCUCUUACAAGACAACAAGUUCAAUAUUCCAAUUAAAAGUAUGUCUCGGAAAUCAAGUUUUUUGGUCGAAUAAGUCUUUUGUCUUGACGUGGAUGCUCAAUUCCGAAUUUUGCACUUUCUGGGACAACAGCGAAAAGCUCACUUUUUUGACUUAAUUUGCAACGUGAAAUUCAUGCUUUUCUAGCACAAUAUCGACAUUUUGGAAGAGCUACAUCCUCCUAUUCUUGCAUUUAGGGAUUUUUAUUCGGAAUAAUUCUCUACAGGCAAUACAAGAGCCGCCCCUUUGACAUCCAACUCGACAAUGCACGACCCAAGUGCACCUUGGGUAUGCUGACAUCUAUGAGACAAGGAAUGGCCAGUAAUCUUACUUUAGUACUUUUUUUUAUAAGUGCCAAGUCACUCGCACCUACAGGCAAAAUAUUGCAUCGACUGCAUUCUUUGGAUGUUAAAACUUGCCAAAUUUACCUUGGUAGGUUCCGAAAUCUGACACAGAAUGACUAGGG